AUGCCUCCAGGGAAAUUGACUCUCGACGAACGGCGACGUGGGGAACUAGCACUCAGUGAAUUCGCCGAAUAUGCCGAGAAACAGCAAGCGCACCGAUCCCCCUACGUUCCGAGCGACAGCGGAUAUUCAUCGGCUCACGUAUCUCGAAUAGCUGAAGACCAUGCCGAAUUGGAGAUUCUUGACCAGCUUGGGUUAUCAGAUGGCCCCAAGAGUGCCAGAUUAAAAGAUCUCUUGUUGGGUACUGGAGAGGAGGACCCGGGCACGAGUCUGCAAACCCUCGCUGGCAUCUUACAAUCCCGCAUCGAUGAGGGCCAUGGAGAGACGAUUUUUGACCUUGGACUAGAGGACGGAGGCGAUUCUAUGGGAUUCGGUGUUGCCCAAUGGAACCAAGCUCUACAGCGCCUGCGAGAAGCCGCCGAGAUGCUUCCUGCAUACUGUCGUAUCCUCGUUACCUACAACGUGGGCGACUCUUCGGAGUCGCCGGUCAAGAAUGAGAGGUUAAAAGAUUCUUGGGGUAAACUUCUCAUCCGACAACCGGCAGAUAGCGUGGAGGAAAUGACGGAGAUUCGAAUCGCUGUGGUGGGAAACGUGGAUGCCGGCAAGAGUACUAUGCUCGGAGUCCUGGUUAAGGGUAGCCUGGAUGAUGGUCGCGGCAAGGCCCGUGUCAAUCUUUUCCGUCAUAAGCAUGAAAUUGAGAGUGGGCGAACUAGCUCCGUCGGCAUGGAAAUUAUGGGGUUUGAUGCCAAGGGCGACAUCGUCACCAGUGCGCAGGGCCGCAAGCUGUCCUGGGAAGAGAUAGGAAAGCGCUCUGCUAAAGUGAUAUCCUUCUCCGACCUGGCUGGCCAUGAGCGGUAUCUACGGACCACUGUCUUUGGUAUGCUGAGCAGCAGCCCCAACUACUGCUUGCUGAUGGUUGCGGCCAACAACGGUCUCAUUGGAAUGAGCAAAGAACAUCUCGGUAUUGCUUUGGCGUUGAAUGUGCCAGUUAUGGUUAUCAUUACCAAGAUUGAUAUCUGUCCUCCUCAGAUCUUGCAGGAAACCAUAACGCAGCUGACGAAAAUCCUAAAGUCUCCCGGCGCUCGUAAGAUCCCAAUAUUUGUCAAGGAUAUGGCGGAGACCGUCAAUACAGCUACCCAGUUUGUCAGUCAGCGGAUCUGUCCGAUCUUCCAAGUGUCCAAUGUCACUGGUGCUAACCUAGAUCUGGUACGGACAUUCCUAAACAUUUUGCCUCACCGUGGCCAGUACAGCGUCGAUGCACCGUUUGAGUUCUUGAUCAAUGAUACCUUCUCUGUACCACACGUAGGUACAGUCGUGUCAGGGGUGGUCAAGUCUGGGGUUAUUCACGCCGGUGACACGGUGUUGGUCGGACCAGACUCCCUUGGACAGUUUACGACUACUGCGAUUAAGUCGAUUGAGCGCAAGCGGAUUCAAGUGAGCGCUUGCUUUGCAGGGCAGUCUGGUUCCUUUGCACUGAAGAAAGUUCGACGAAAAGAGGUGCGCAAAGGAAUGGUUGUAUUGAGGAAGAUGGAUCAACCACCAAAGGUGUACCGAGAAUUCGUUGCUGAAGUUCUCAUCCUCUCACAUGCCACCACAAUCAAGAGGAAAUAUCAAGCCAUGCUACAUGUUGGCGCCGUUAGCCAAACAUGCUCUGUUAUCGACAUGGACCGCCCUUUCAUCCGAACAGGAGAUCGCGCUCUAGUUGCUUUCCGAUUUAUUCAACGUCCCGAGUUUCUGGCUCCUGGAGACCGUGUGCUCUUCAGAGAAGGCAAGACGAAAGGUCUGGGGAUCGUCAAGAGCGUCGGAUAUGACCCAGAGCAUCCACUGAAUCCAGAUUUGAAUGAAACCGCAGAAUCAGUGUGA